GGCUGCGGCGGAGCUGCCGGCGCGGCAAGGAGCGCCACGGGGACGCGGCACCGCCGGUGCCCGGCGCCGCCGGCCGCCAUGGGGGAACAACCCAUCUUCAGCACCCGAGCUCACGUCUUCCAGAUUGACCCAAACACUAAGAAGAACUGGGUUCCCACCAGCAAGCAUGCUGUUACUGUGUCCUACUUCUAUGACAGCACAAGAAAUGUCUACAGGAUAAUCAGUUUGGAUGGCGCAAAGGCAAUAAUAAAUAGCACUAUCACCCCCAACAUGACAUUUACUAAAACAUCCCAGAAGUUUGGCCAGUGGGCAGACAGCAGGGCAAAUACAGUCUAUGGUUUGGGAUUUUCAUCUGAACAUCACCUUUCAAAAUUUGCUGAAAAAUUUCAGGAAUUCAAAGAAGCUGCACGACUAGCAAAGGAAAAAUCCCAAGAAAAGAUGGAGCUAACAAGUACACCCUCUCAAGAAUCAGCUGGAGGAGAUAUUCAGUCUCCUUUAACGCCAGAAAGUAUUAACGGGACGGAUGACGAGAGAGCGACGCCAGAAGUGACGCAGAACUCAGAACCAAGGGCUGAACCAACCCAGAACGCAUUGCCGUUUACCCAUAGUUCGACAAUCAGCAAGCACUGGGAGGCAGAACUGGCCACGCUCAAGGGUAAUAAUGCUAAGCUCACAGCAGCCCUGCUGGAGUCCACUGCCAAUGUAAAACAAUGGAAACAACAACUUGCUGCGUAUCAGGAGGAAGCAGAACGUCUUCAUAAGCGGGUGACUGAGCUAGAGUGUGUGAGCAGUCAAGCCAAUGCAGUCCACACACAUAAAACAGAAUUAAACCAGACAAUACAGGAGUUAGAGUCUACACUGAAGAAAAAAGAAGAGGAAAUAGAAGGAUUGAAACAAGAAAUUGACAAUGCCAGAGAGCUCCAGGCACAGAGGGAUUCUCUGACCCAGAAGCUACAGGAAGUAGAAAUUCGAAACAAAGACCUGGAAGGCCAGCUGUCUGAUCUAGAGCAACGUCUGGAGAAAAGUCAGAAUGAGCAAGAAGCUUUUCGCAAUAACUUGAAGACACUUUUAGAAAUUCUUGAUGGAAAAAUAUUUGAACUAACAGAGUUACGAGAUAACUUGGCCAAGCUAAUAGAAUGCAGCUAAAGAAAAUGGGAUUUCAGUGCCAAUCAGCUUAAAGAUGCACUGUCUCUCUUCGUAGGACUGUGUUGGGCUCUGCAUCAAAGUUGCACAAAAUUAGAAAACGCUCCUCUGAGAGGGCUUCUUUUAAAUUUGAGUCUUAUUUCAAUGUAAAAUUUAGAACUCAACUUGUCGCUAGUUGAAGAGAAAAAUAACAAACAAAAAAACUUGAAUUACAAAUUACCUCCUUGUACAUUAUUGGCCAUAGAUAACUUGAAAGAUAUUAACAGUAAUUGAAUGCAAUCCUUUUCUAAUUAUCAGCGAUGGAAGAAUUAGCAGUGUCCCAGGUCACAUCCCCGUUUUGUGAUAAACACAAUAUAGGUUAUCUGCUGUUUUAUUUAUUUAAGAUAUUUAAUUGCUGUGUUUUGUGCAAGAGCUUAGUGAUGACAGCCCUGUAUUUUGUUGUUCUUAAUAAUUUCUCAGGAUACUUUGCACUGUGGAGAAGCAGUGCCAUUACCAAUUUAUUCUUGCCAGGAGUGAGAGAGAGUUGCAUCUUUAAUUGAAACAAAGUUACUAUACCUGCUUGUAUAAAGUUCUUCCUUUGGGGGUUUUUUUUGGGUUGGUUGGUUGGUUGUUUUUUGGUUUAGGUUUUUUUUUUUAAUAUAUAUAUAUAUAUACACACACUGGAAGAUAACGUAUUUCUUUAUGGAGCUUACUCUGGUGUUCUACAAUAUUGUCCAAUGUAAGGUUUACUUUUUCAUAUGGAUUCCUUGUAAUUACAGUGAGAUACUAUCUUCCACUUAAUUAUAUUUUGAAGCCAACCAAUGAUGGAAGGUGAGUCCCCCAGGAAAAAGGAAAAAAAAAAAAAAAGCCAAAAACACCCUGAGAACUUUAAAUGUAAAAUUUGACAGGCACAGAUAACAAGGAAUAGCCAGUCGUUUGUUUUCUGGCCUUGAUGGAUAUAUCAAAUUUGUAUGUUCAAUUAACUGUUAACCUGUUCUGCAGGACACUUUUUCAGAAUGUCACAUGACUUUCAGGUUUUGUGAAUAAUGGCUUAUGGGAAGCACUCUUUUAUUACAGAUUGCAUUAAGGGCAUAGAGCAAUUGCAAGGGAUUACUCGUAUACUGAACUUGUCCAGCCAAGAAGGCUGUUUCUAUAAGUUUUGUUGUCAUAGCAAAUUGAAAUGGAGACAUGUUUACUCUUUUAUGGGUCUUCAUAACACAUCUUUAUUGAAACUACACCAGGCAAUAUUCUGAACUGUUAACUAAAUGUUUAAAAACAGGAAAUUUAGUUCAGUUAUCCUCAGUGAGCAGGUUUUAAAGUUGUUUUGAUGUAAUUUUAACAGACUUUUGGCAAACACACAUUUCUUUAUAUAAUAGAUUUAUUUAAAAAAAAACUCUUUGAAAGGUAAGCCAAGUGUCAUGUGUCUUGCAUCAAAGUACAUUCUUGCCAUAAAUUGCUUGUAAUGUUGAAGAGGGCAUUUUUAAAAUGUAUGAAUGAGUGUCAGACUUCAGAGUCAAAAGAUGCACGGACCUUUUGUUUGCUCCCCAAAUUAAUUUGAAUGUUAAACUUGAAAUUUAGCUGCUUAUUAAAUUUGUACCACACAAUUUUCUCCACUUAGAGACUGCUAUUGAAAACUAGAAAAGAUAAGUUUGUUUUCAUGUGUGUAUAUACCAUAUAAUACACACAGGUUCUAAUUUAUAUUAGAAAUACAUGCUUUAUUUCUAGGAUACCAUUUUUUUUCUUUACCAGUGAUUUAUCAGGUCUCCUCUGACUAGUCAGGAAAAUGGUUUAGGUCAAAUGCUAAACCGUCAUGUAUUAUAUGGUAUGUAAUGUACACAAUGUUUAAGUUUUCUCCAUAUUUUUAGGGUGUUUUCUCACUUAUUUUGUUUAUUGAAGGGGUGGGGGGAGCUUGGUUCAGCGUGAUGCUGGUUGAAAACUUUGUGGUGAACUACAUGUUUUUCAUUCAACAGAUUUUAGAUGGUGGUGUGUGUUAUCUUCAUCAGGUCCAGAUGAGCAGAUACAACCAAUUUUUAAUUUACCUGGGGAUGUUUUUGCCUGAUUCUCCUGUCACUUGAGCUGCUGUAAACCAGAUGUAUCAUGUGAUGUCAGCAACAUUCAGCUGGCACAACAUCUGUGGAAGUGCAAGGAGAAUCCGGCCUGUUAAUGCUCAGUGGACAUAAUAAGGAUGAAGAAAGAAUAAAAACACAGAAAGUUGAUGAUGGUAUAAAUGUAAUAUUAUUUUUAAUGAUAUUAUUAUUGACAUUUUUAAAGAUAUGAUGUCAUUUACAUGUGGGAAAAUAGUGGACAGAAUAAUUCCACUAAAAUUUUGUGAAUAUGUGUGGUACAUGAGUAUUUCUAUGUAUACGUACACACACAUAUGUAUAUACAGAACAUGGAAAAAUUUAGAUGUGCACAUUUUUAAUAUUUUCCUAUUGAAAUUAAAUUUAAAAUUGGAAAUUGAUAUUUGAGAAUUUCUUUUCUCAUAGAGUAGAUAUGCUUCAUUUCUUUUCUUUUUUUUAAAAUAAUACAAUUACUGAGUGCUGCACCUUUGAAUUCCCAAGUAGUUGCCAAACGUAAAUAUGGGAUAAGGUGGACAUACGUGCACAUAUAAAUAAAAGCCUAUUGCUAAGACUAUUUUUGAUGUUUAUGUACAGUAGGUGAGUGUUGAGAAAUUGUGACCUAAAGUUCAUACUUAGGUGGCUAUACCUACUGUAGCCUCUCCUCUUCUGUUUUAAGAUAAAAGUUUGCCUGUUUGCACCAUUACUUUCCCAGAGACACAUAUUAUACAUUGCAUCUAUCUUUGAUGAAACUGUGGGAAUAUGUAUAUAAGAAAAGAUUGUUGAGUACUAUAGCUUGAAAACAUGACCAUGAACUUGCACUGGAGGGGAGAUCAGUCACAUCGUGUGUAACUUGUUACAUGGCAACUACAGUCAUGGGGGAAAAAAAAAAAGGCAAAAAGAACUACCAAAACACCUAACAGAAA